AUGCAAGAAAAAAUUAAGGAGCUAGAAGAAGAAGCUGCCAAAAUCGGACUUAAGAUCAACGCCAACAAGACGAAAUGCCUUAAAGUAAAUACAAAAUCAAAUACACCUCUCCAACUACAAAGCAGUACAAUAGAAGAUGUGCCACAAUUCAAUUACUUGGGCAGUAUCGUAGCAAAUGAUGGAGGUACAAAACAAGACAUUGAACACAGAUUGUCUAAGGCAAGAUCAACAUUUAACAGACUGUGGCAUGUCUGGAGGUCACCCUACUUGGCCAGAAGCACAAAAGUCAAAAUAUUCAACGCCUGUGUAAAAUCAACACUACUAUAUGGUUGUGAAACAUGGCAUAUAGACGCAAGCUAUAUCAAUAAAAUACAAGUAUACAUAAAUAAGUGUCUAAGAAUAAUAUGCAAAGUAUUCUGGCCCAUAAUUAUAACAAAUGAAGAACUCUGGGCGAUUACAGAACAGAAACCUAUAUGCACAACAAUAAAAGAAAGAAAAUGGAGAUGGUUAGGCCACACUCUGCAGAAAACAAACAACACAAUAUCGAAGCAAGCUCUAGAAUGGAAUCCGCAGGGAAAAAGAAGAGUGGGUAGACCUCGAAACACAUGGCGUAGAACAAUAUUAAAAGAAGUUGAAUCAAGCGGAAAGACUUGGUCAGAAGUAAAAUACCUAGCACAAAACAGAGUAAGAUUUAGAGGUUAUGUGGAAGCCCUAUGUUCCCAACGGGAAUGA